CGGUAGGUUGCAACAGUUCGAGAGGGUCCCUUGGAAAAUAAUUGUGCUUCGGAGCGUGCUCUGUCUGUCUUCAAUUCCAUAUGCUAUUUUUGUCAAUCAUCAUCCUCUUGUUCAUAUCCCACCCCAUGUCGCGCUGAGACUCUCCCCCACAUCAUAUGGCAUUGGCAUGCACGCACAGUCAUGUACAACCCCGAUCCACACAACAAGAACCACCACCACCACCACCUAGUAAGCCCUAGAAUCUCCUUCUCCAAUGACUUCGCCGAGUCGCAAUACGCGGCGAAGCAAGAGCGGAGCGCCGCCCGCGAGGCCCCGGCCUCGUCCGACUUCGAAUUCUCCGUCUCGAGCUACUCGAUGAUGAGCGCCGACGAGCUCUUCUGCAAGGGCAAGCUCUUGCCGUUCAAGGAAAAACCAACGGCGGCGAAGGGCACCACCACCCUGAGGGAAGAGCUUCUCGCGGGCGAUGAAGACACCGGCUGCAGCGCAUCCUCUAGGCCUCCAAAAGGGUCAGGGAGAUGGAAGGGGUUCUUGGGUUUGAGGAAGAGCCACAUGGGGUCCAAGAAAGCCGAUAAGUCGUGCGAGGCUUCUUUCGAUAGUAAGAGGACUGCUGGUUUUGGAGUGGUUCCUGAUAACAUUCAUCAUUAUCGUGGCAAGACUUCACAGGAAAUGAUGAGCGAGGGAGGGUCGAAUGGUUGCAGGGAUGAGGAGGAGAUGGAGAUGUAGCUUGAGUAGAGAGAUUUGCUUGCAGUUCUUGAAUUUGUAGAGCACCGAGGAGGAGAAUUGGAUUCUCGCUAAUUUUUUUUUACUUUCUUUUUCUUCGGAUGAAGAUUACUGGAGGUCAUAUCCAAGAUUUAGAGACAAAACAAAUUAUGUUCAGUGGGGUUUCCGUUUCAGUUUUUUAGUUGAAUCUUGACCUUGCGGUGUCCUCCCUUUCUUGGCAUCUUGCUGUUUCUUGUUUUGCUUCUGAUGUUCUAAAGAAUAGGUGGUCUGGCUGUUCUUUGUAUAAUAUUAUUUUUAUUUUGGGA